CAUUCACGUAAAACACUUUACUGCUUCUUGUCCGAUCGCUCUCACUAGAUUCGAAACAAUUCUUGCCUUAACAGUCAUGCGCUCGUCCAUGUCUUUGUUGCGCUCUUGCGCCCGUACAACUGCGCCUCGAGCAGCAUGGGCACGCCCUGCUGAACACAUUCCAGCAGCCUCAAAGCGCCUGAUCCACACACCGCGAACGUCAGCCCUUACACGCCCCUCAGCCAUUCUUCCUCGGUCGCGACUUCCUUCCACAGCACGCUUUGAGUCGGGUGCCUCGACACCGCCACAAAAUAAUACAACCACUCAGGCGCCUGAAACACGACUUGACCGCGACCAAGUCCCUUCAUACGAGCUCACUUUCACAUGCAAGGUGUGCGAGACUCGUUCAUCACACCGAUUGUCCAAGCAAGGCUAUCACAAAGGGACUAUCUUGAUUUCAUGUCCUGGCUGCAAAAACAGGCAUCUGAUCAGCGAUCAUUUGAAGAUCUUCUCGGAUAAAUCCGUCACGAUUGAAGAUCUGAUGAAGGAGAAGGGUGGCCUCGUGAAGCGCGGCUCUUUGAGCGCUGAAGGCGAUGUCGAGUUCUGGGACGAUGGCUCCUCUACACCACGUUCAGCACAAUUUCACACGGAUGCCUCUCCUACAGGCGACGAACGAUUGACGGACAAGAACCAGUCCUCCACAUCAACACCAAAGGAGUGAGAUGACAGAUCUAUACUUCGGCUGCUGGCCGGCAUAACGAUACCCUGUACACUAUCAAAAUCUGUAACAUAUUGUAGCGACAAUCGCACGAGAAACGAAUAGACCAGAACCAGACUGGCAUUUACUGUCUCAUUACGACAUCACCGUUUGGAUGGAGUGCAAUCGCUCUUACAAUACUCAAAGGUCAGAGGCAGCGACUGGGGGUCUGGUGGCUCACCGCACACAUCAGAUAGUGCCAUGUUCGAAGGAUAAUGUCCACCCGAGAACGAGAAAGAGAGAGAACCCUGUCUUCAAGUGUCACUUCAUCACUGUAUUGUCCAGACACAUUCGGUUGAUGCAGGCGGAUACAAUUGACAACCCCUCA